UCCACACUGGCUCUUGUCUGGGGUUGUCAGGAGGGGAGAGUUGGGAGAGGCUUUGCUGCUGAGGAAAUUUAUUUGGUAGAUUGAAGGUUUGAUCAGAGCUACAGAAACGAAAGAGGAAAAUUUCGUACAAGCCAAUGGUGUUUGGGAAGAAAAUAACCCUGUUGCCUUGAGUUUGUAGGUGCCACUACUACUCUGGGAAAAUGGCAGAUGACGAAGAAUAUGAGGAGGUGGUGGAGUAUUACACAGAGGAAACAGUCUAUGAAGAGGUGCCAGGGGAGACAAUAACAGAAUUCUAUGAAACUACGACAACAAGGACAUCUGACUAUGAGCAAUCAGACACCUCCAGACCGGCCUUGGCAAAGCCAGUACCUGAAAAGCCGGUGGAGAGGAAGAGGGUUAUUCGAAAGAGGGUGGACCCUUCAAAGUUCAUGACCCCCUACAUUGCACACAGUCAGAAAAUGCAGGAUCUCUUUAGCACAAAUAAAUACAAGGAGAAAUAUGAGAAAGCAAAAGGGCAGCCAUACGCCAUCACAUCUGAUACCCCAGAACUUCGCAGAAUCAAGAAAGUUCAAGAUCAACUCAGUGAGGUUAAGUAUCGAACGGAUGGCGAUGUUGCUAAAACUAUUUGUCACGUCGAUGAAAAAGCAAAGGACAUUGAACAUGCAAAGAAAGUGUCGCAGCAAGUCAGUAAGGUUUUAUACAAGCAGAACUGGGAAGACACCAAGGAUAAGUACCUGCUUCCUCCUGAUGCCCCUGAACUUGUCCAGGCCAUCAAGAACACAGCCAUGUUCAGUAAGAAACUAUACACUGAAGACUGGGAAGCUGACAAAACUUUGUUUUAUCCAUAUAACGAUAGCCCGGAGCUGAGGAGGGUCGCCCAAGCCCAGAAAGCUCUCAGUGACAUUACCUACAAAAAAGGUCUUGCUGAACAGCAAACUCAAUUCACAUCUCUGCCAGAUCCUCCAGAUAUAGAAUUUGCCAAGAAAGUAACCAAUCAAGUGAGCAAGCAAAAAUACAAGGAAGACUAUGAAAAUAAAGUCAAAGGCAAAUGGAGUGAGACACCUUGCUUUGAAAUUGCAACCGCCAGAAUGAACUCUCAAAACAUCAGCACAAAAAAAUACCAGGAAGACUUUGAGAAUACGAAAGACCAGAUCUACUUCAUGCAGACCGAAACCCCAGAGUACAAAGUGAAUAAACAAGCUGGGGUGGCAGCUAGCAAGGUAAAAUACAAACAAGACUAUGAAAAGAAUAAAGGAAAAGCAGAUUAUAAUGUACUUCCUGCUUCAGAAAACCCACUGCUCAGGCAGCUGAAGGCGGCAGGAGAUGCCCUGAGUGAUAAACUAUACAAGGAAAACUAUGAAAAGACGAAGGCAAAGAGCAUAAAUUACUGUGAGACACCCAAAUUUAAGCUUGAUACAGUUCUGCACAACUUCAGCAGUGAUACUAAAUAUAAAGAUUCCUACUUAAAGAAUAUUUUGGGACAUUAUGUAGGCAGCUACGAGGAUCCGUAUCAUACACACUGCAUGAGAGUCUCAGCUCAGAACAGUGAUAAAAACUACAAGGCAGAAUAUGAAGAGGACAGAGGCAAAGGCUUCUUCCCCCAGACCAUAACUCAAGAAUAUGAAGCAAUCAAAAAACUAGAUCAAUGUAAAGAUCACACCUACAAAGUCCAUCCAGAUAAGACAAAAUUCACUCAAGUUACUGACUCUCCUGUUCUGGUGCAAGCCCAAGUCAAUUCCAAGCAGCUGAGUGAUCUAAAUUACAAAGCAAAACAUGAAAACGAAAAGUUCAAGUGUCAUAUACCUCCAGAUACGCCUGCCUUUAUCCAGCACAAAGUCAACGCCUAUAACCUGAGUGAUAAUAUUUAUAAGCAUGACUGGGAGAAGACCAAAGCUAAGAAGUUUGACAUUAAGGUGGACGCCAUUCCCCUGCUGGCAGCCAAAGCCAACACCAAGAUCGCUAGUGAUGUGAUGUACAAGAAAGACUAUGAGAAAAGCAAAGGGAAGAUGAUUGGGGCUCUCAGUAUUAAUGACGACCCCAAGAUGCUGCACUCUCUGAAGACGGCCAAAAACCAGAGUGAUAGAUUAUACAAGGAAAACUAUGAGAAGACAAAGGCAAAGAGCAUGAAUUACUGUGAGACUCCCAAAUAUCAACUUGAUACCCUGCUGAAGAACUUCAGUGAGGCUAAAUAUAAAGAUUCGUAUGUACAGAAUGUUUUGGGACAUUAUAUAGGCAGUUUUGAGGACCCAUAUCGAGAACACUGCAUGAAAGUUGCAGCUCAGAACAGUGACAAAAAUUACAAAGCAGAAUAUGAAGAAGAUAAAGGGAAAUGCUAUUUCCCUCAGACAAUAACACAAGAAUACGAAGCAAUCAAGAAGCUAGACCAGUGUAAAGAUCAUACCUACAAAGUUCAUCCAGAUAAGACCAAAUUCACAGCUGUUACUGAUACUCCUGUACUGUUGCAAGCCCAGCUCAACACAAAGCAGCUUAGUGAUCUGAAUUACAAGGCAAAGCAUGAAGGGGAGAAGUUCAAGUGCCACAUACCAGCAGAUGCUCCACAGUUUAUACAACACAGAGUCAACGCCUAUAACCUGAGUGAUAAUAUUUAUAAACAUGACUGGGAGAAGACCAAAGCUAAGAAGUUUGACAUUAAGGUGGACGCCAUUCCCCUGCUGGCAGCCAAAGCCAACACCAAGAUCGCUAGUGAUGUGAUGUACAAGAAAGACUAUGAGAAAAGCAAAGGGAAGAUGAUUGGAGCUCUCAGUAUUAAUGACGACCCCAAGAUGCUGCACUCUUUGAAGACAGCCAAAAACCAGAGUGAUCGUGAAUAUCGUAAAGACUAUGAAAAGUCAAAAACUAUCUACACGGCACCUCUUGACAUGCUCCCACUCACUCAUGCUAAGAAAUCUCAGGAAAUUGCCAGUGAUGUGGACUAUAAACACCUCUUACACAAUUACAGCUAUCCACCUGACAGCGUUAACGUGGACCUUGCCAAGAAGGCUUAUGCACUGCAGAGUGAUGUCGAAUACAAAGCUGACUACAACAGCUGGAUGAAGGGUUGUGGCUGGGUGCCUUUUGGGUCCUUAGAAAUGGAAAAGGCAAAGCGAGCGUCAGAUAUUCUGAAUGAGAAAAAAUAUCGCCAACAUCCAGAUACUCUCAAGUUUACUUCAAUUGAAGAUGCUCCAAUUAUAGUACAAUCUAAGAUUAACCAAGCCCAGAGGAGUGAUGUUGCCUACAAAGCCAAAGGAGAGGAAGUUAUUCACAAGUACAGUCUGCCAGCAGACCUGCCCCAGUUCAUUCAGGCUAAAGUCAAUGCCUACAAUAUCAGUGAGAAUAUGUACAAAGCAGACUUGAAAGAUUUGAGCAAGAAGGGAUACGACCUGAGAAUUGAUGCGAUUCCCAUCAAAGCUGCCAAAGCAGCCAGGCAGGCGGCAAGUGACGUCCAAUACAAAAAAGAUUAUGAAAAAGCCAAAGGGAAAAUGGUUGGCUUCCAAAGUCUCCAAGAUGAUCCUAAACUGGUUCAUUAUAUGAACGUGGCCAAAAUACAGUCGGACCGGGAGUAUAAAAAAGACUAUGAGAAGACGAAGACCAGACACAACACACCCCAUGAUAUGGUCAACAUUGUGGCAGCUAAGAAAGCUCAAGAUGUUGCCAGCAAUGUCAACUAUAAGCAUUCACUCCAUCACUACACCUACCUGCCUGAUGCCAUGGACCUGGAGUUGUCUAAAAACAUGAUGCACAUACAGAGCGAUAAUGUCUAUAAAGAAGACUACAACAACUGGAUGAAAGGCAUAGGCUGGAUACCCAUUGGCAGUCUGGAGGUAGAAAAAGUUAAAAAAGCAGGUGAUGCCCUGAAUGAAAAGAAGUACAGGCAACAUCCAGAUACCCUCAAAUUUACCAGCAUCGUGGACUCCCCAGUUAUGGUCCAGGCAAAACAGAACACACAGCAAGUCAGUGAUAUCUUAUACAAAGCUAAAGGAGAAGAUGUGAAACAUAAAUAUACGAUGAGUCCUGACCUUCCUCAAUUUCUUCAGGCCAAGUGCAAUGCUUACAAUUUAAGUGAUGUGUGUUAUAAACGGGACUGGCAUGAUUUAAUAGCCAAGGGCACCAAUGUGCUGGGUGAUGCUAUACCUAUCACUGCAGCCAAGGCAUCGAGAAACAUUGCCAGUGAUUAUAAAUACAAGGAAGCUUACGAGAAGGCAAAGGGAAAGCAAGUGGGUUUUAGAAGCCUCCAGGAUGAUCCCAAGCUGGUUCACUAUAUGAAUGUGGCAAAGUUACAGUCUGAUCGUGAAUACAAGAAGAACUAUGAAAACACCAAGACCAGCUACCAUACCCCUGGGGACAUGGUUAGCAUUACUGCUGCGAAGAUGGCCCAGGAUGUUGCCACCAACGUCAACUACAAGCAGCCGAUACAUCAUUACACAUACCUACCUGAUGCUCUGAGUCUUGAGCAUAUCAGGAAUGUGAAUCAGAUUCAGAGUGAUAAUGUAUAUAAAGAUGAGUACAACCACUUCUUCAAGGGCAUUGGAUGGAUACCAAUUGGUUCUCUGGAGGUUGAGAAGGUCAAAAAAGCAGGUGAUGCAUUAAACGAGAAGAAGUACAGACAGCACCCAGAUACCAUCAAGUUCACAAGUGUGCCUGAUUCCAUGGGCAUGGUUUUGGCUCAGCACAACACAAAGCAGCUAAGUGAUUUGAACUACAAGGUGGAGGGAGAGAAAGUGAAGCACAAGUACACUCUGGACCCCGAUGUGCCUCAGUUUAUUCAAGCCAAGGUCAAUGCCUUCAACAUGAGUGAUUCUCAUUAUAAAGCAGAUUGGAAGAAAACCCUUGCUAAGGGUUAUGAUUUGAGACCAGAUGCUAUUCCUAUUGUUGCUGCAAAAAGUUCAAGGAAUAUUGCUAGCGAUUUCAAAUAUAAGGAGGGCUACGAGAAAGCCAAAGGCAAACAAAUUGGAUUUCGCAGUCUUCAGGAUGAUCCUAAACUGGUUCACUUCAUGAAUGUAGCCAAAAUGCAGUCAGAUCGCGAGUAUAAAAAGGGCUAUGAAGCCAGCAAGACCAAGUAUCACACACCUUUGGAUAUGCUUAGCGUGACAGCAGCCAAGAAAUCUCAGGAGGUUGCCACCAACACGAAUUAUAAACAGCCCUUCCACCACUACACCCUGCUUCCCGAUGCCUUGAAUGUGGAGCACUCCAGGAAUGCAAUGCAGAUUCAGAGUGACAAUUUGUACAAAUCUGACUUCACCAGCUGGAUGAAAGGGAUUGGCUGGAUACCAUUAGAGUCGCUGGAGGUAGAGAAGGCAAAGAAAGCAGGAGAGAUUCUCAGUGAGAAGAAGUACCGGCAGCACCCCGAGAAGCUGAAGUUCACAUAUGCCAUGGACACAAUGGAGCAAGCCCUAAACAAAAGUAACAAACUGAUUAUGGACAAGAGGCGCUACACUGAGAAAUGGAACAAAGACAAGACCACUAUUCAUGUCAUGCCUGAUACUCCAGACAUUUUACUCUCCAGAGUAAACCAGAUCACCAUGAGUGAUAAACUGUACAAAGCUGGCUGGGAAGAAGAAAAGAAGAAAGGAUACGAUCUGAGGCCUGAUGCCAUCCCAAUAAAGGCUGCAAGAGCCUCCAGAGACAUUGCCAGCGAUUACAAGUACAAGCAAGCCUAUGAACAAGCCAAAGGGAAACAAAUUGGCUUCCGGAGCCUCGAGGACGACCCCAAGUUGGUGCACUUCAUGCAGGUGGCCAAGAUGCAGUCGGACCGGGAGUACAAGAAGGCAUAUGAGAAGUCCAAGACAUCCUUCCACACCCCGGUGGACAUGCUCAGUGUGGUAGCCGCCAAGAAGUCUCAGGAGGUGGCCACCAAUGCCAACUACAGGAACGUGAUCCAUACCUACAACAUGCUUCCUGACGCCAUGAGCUUGGAAUUGGCCAAAAACAUGAUGCAGAUUCAAAGUGAUAAUCAGUACAAAGCUGACUAUGCUGAUUUCAUGAAAGGCAUUGGAUGGCUCCCUCUGGGCUCCCUGGAGGCUGAGAAAAACAAGAAAGCCAUGGAGAUUAUCAGUGAAAAGAAGUACCGCCAGCAUCCUGACACUUUGAAGUAUUCCACCUUGAUGGACUCAAUGAACAUGGUUUUGGCCAAGAAUAAUGCAAAAAUUAUGAAUGAACAUCUCUACAAACAAGCAUGGGAGGCUGACAAGACUAAAGUCCAUAUCAUGCCUGAUAUCCCCCAGAUUAUUUUGGCAAAGGCAAAUGCAAUUAAUAUGAGUGAUAAACUCUACAAACUUUCUUUGGAAGAGGCUAAAAAGAAAGGCUAUGAUCUCAGAACUGAUGCAAUUCCUAUCAAAGCUGCCAAGGCCUCGAGAGAUAUUGCAAGUGAUUAUAAAUACAAACACAAUUAUGAAAAGGAGAGGGGGAAGAUGGUUGGUUUCCGCAGUCUUGAGGACGAUCCCAAAUUAGUUCAUUCCAUGCAAGUGGCCAAAAUGCAAUCUGACCGGGAGUACAAGAAAAACUAUGAGAAGACCAAGACCAGCUACCACACCCCUGCUGACAUGCUCAGUGUCACGGCCGCCAAGGAUGCCCAAGCCAAUAUCACCAAUACCAACUACAAGCACCUGAUUCACAAGUAUAUUCUCCUCCCUGAUGCCAUGAACAUCCAGCUGUCCAAGAACAUGAAUCGCUUACAGAGUGAUAAUGAAUAUAAGCAGGACUACAAUGAAUGGUACAAAGGGCUUGGCUGGAGUCCAGCUGGUUCCCUAGAAGUGGAAAAGGCCAAGAGAGCAACUGAAUAUGCCAGUGACCAGAAAUACCGCCAGCAUCCUAGCAACUUCCAGUUUUCAAAGCUGAAUGACUCCAUGGACAUGGUGCUUGCUAAGCAGAAUGCCCAUACCAUGAACAAGUACUUAUACACUGUUGAUUGGAACAAAGAUAAAACGAAGAUCCACGUGAUGCCAGAUACGCCAGAUAUUUUACAAGCCAAACAAAAUCAAACCAUGUACAGUCAGAAACUCUAUAAACUUGGAUGGGAAGAAGCUUUGAAAAAAGGCUAUGAUCUCCCAGUUGAUGCAAUUUCUGUUCAGGCAGCCAAAGCUUCCAGAGACAUCGUUAGUGAUUUUAAAUACAAACAAGGCUACCGCAAGCAAAUCGGCCACCAUAUUGGAUUCCGGAGUCUGCAAGAUGAUCCAAAGCUUGUGUUGUCCAUGAAUGUAGCCAAAAUGCAGAGUGAAAGAGAAUACAAGAAGGACUUUGAGAAGUGGAAAACCAAGUUCAGCAGCCCAGUGGACAUGUUGGGAGUGGUGCUGGCCAAAAAAUGUCAGGCCUUGGUCAGUGAUGUGGACUACAAAAACUACCUGCAUGGGUGGACAUGCCUGCCUGAUCAGAAUGAUGUGAUCCACGCUAAAAAAGCUUAUGAUCUACAGAGUGAGAAUUUGUAUAAGUCUGACCUUGAGUGGCUGAAAGGCAUAGGAUGGAGUCCCUUGGGUUCUUUGGAGGCAGAAAAGAACAAACGGGCUUCAGAAAUCAUCAGUGAGAAGAAAUAUCGCCAGCCUCCGGAUAGAAACAAAUUCACCAGCAUUCCUGACGCCAUGGACAUAGUUCUGGCAAAGACAAAUGCCAAAAAUAGGAGUGAUAUACUUUACAGAGAAGCUUGGGACAAGGACAAGACUCAAGUUCACAUCAUGCCAGAUACACCUGACAUUAUUCUGGCUAAAGCAAACUUAAUCAACGCAAGUGAUAAAUUCUACCGAAUGGGUUAUGAGGAGUUGAGAAAAAAAGGUUACGAUCUUCCCGUUGAUGCCAUACCAAUCAAAGCAGCUAAAGCGUCCCGGGAAAUUGCCAGUGAAUACAAGUACAAGGAAGGUUUUCGCAAGCAGCUUGGCCACCACAUUGGAGCCAGAAACAUUAAGGAUGACCCCAAGAUGAUGUGGUCCAUGCACGUGGCCAAGAUCCAGAGCGACCGGGAGUACAAGAAGGACUUUGAGAAGUGGAAGACCAAGUUCAGCAGCCCAGUGGACAUGCUGGGGGUGGUGCUGGCCAAGAAGUGCCAGACCUUGGUCAGUGACAUAGACUACAAGAACUACCUGCACCAGUGGACGUGCCUGCCCGACCAGAGCGAUGUCAUCCAUGCUCGGAGGGCCUAUGACCUGCAGAGCGAUAAUUUGUACAAGUCUGACCUUCAAUGGCUCAAAGGCAUUGGCUGGUUACCUAGUGGCUCUCUUGAGGAUGAGAAGAACAAGAGAGCUACCCAGAUUUUGAGUGACCACGUUUACCGUCAGCACCCAGAUAAAUUCAAGUUUUCCAGCCUUAUGGACUCCAUCCCAAUGGUUUUGGCAAAAAACAAUGCUAUUACCAUGAACCAUCGCCUCUAUACAGAAGCUUGGGAUAAAGAUAAAACCACUGUCCACAUUAUGCCAGACACUCCUGGAGUGUUACUAGCUAAACAAAACCAAAUAAAUUACAGUGAGAAACUGUAUAAACUUGGCCUAGAUGAAGCCAAGAGAAAAGGCUAUGAUAUGCGGAUAGAUGCCAUUCCUAUCAGGGCAGCCAAGGCCUCCAGAGACAUUGCAAGUGAAUUCAAGUACAAAGAAGGCUAUCGUAAGCAGCUUGGCCAUCACAUUGGUGCCCGAGCGAUACAUGACGAUCCAAAGAUGAUGUGGUCCAUGCACGUGGCCAAGAUCCAGAGCGACCGGGAGUACAAGAAGGACUUUGAGAAGUGGAAGACCAAGUUCAGCAGCCCAGUGGACAUGCUGGGGGUGGUGCUGGCCAAGAAGUGCCAGACCUUGGUCAGUGACAUAGACUACAAGAACUACCUGCACCAGUGGACGUGCCUGCCCGACCAGAGCGAUGUCAUCCAUGCUCGGCAGGCCUAUGACCUGCAGAGUGACAAUGUGUACAAGUCAGAUCUCCAAUGGCUAAAAGGCAUCGGCUGGGUUCCCAUUGGCUCUUUAGAUGUGGAAAAAUGCAAGAGGGCGAGUGAAAUUUUAAGUGAUAAACUCUAUCGCCAGCCUCCAGACAAAUUCAAAUUUACUAGCGUGACUGAUUCUCUAGAGCAAGUGUUGGCCAAGAACAAUGCCAUCAAUAUGAACAAGCGUCUGUACACAGAAGCCUGGGACAAAGACAAGACCCAGGUCCACAUCAUGCCAGACACACCAGAAAUUACGUUGGCAAGAAUGAACAAAGUCAACUACAGUGAGAGUCUGUACAAACUUGCCCACGAAGAAGCAAAGAAGAAAGGCUACGACUUGCGAAGUGAUGCCAUCCCGAUCGUGGCAGCCAAGGCCUCCAGGGACAUCAUCAGUGAUUACAAAUACAAAGAUGGUUACCGCAAGCAGCUUGGCCAUCACAUUGGAGCCCGGGACAUCAAAGAUGACCCCAAGAUGAUGUGGUCCAUGCACGUGGCCAAGAUCCAGAGUGACCGGGAGUACAAGAAGGACUUUGAGAAGUGGAAGACCAAGUUCAGCAGCCCGGUGGACAUGCUGGGGGUGGUGCUGGCCAAGAAGUGCCAGACCUUGGUCAGUGACAUAGACUACAAGAACUACCUGCACCAGUGGACGUGCCUGCCCGACCAGAGCGAUGUCAUCCAUGCUCGGCGGGCCUAUGACCUGCAGAGUGACAAUGUUUACAAGUCCGAUCUCCAGUGGCUGAGGGGCAUUGGCUGGGUCCCCAUUGGGUCUGUGGAUGUGGUCAAGUGUAAGAGAGCUGCAGAGAUACUGAGUGAUAACCUCUACCGCCAGCCUCCAGACACGCUGAAGUUCACCAGUGUGCCUGAUUCCCUGGAGCAGGUGCUGGCCAAGAACAACGCCAUCAACAUGAACAAGCGCUUAUACACAGAAGCCUGGGACAAAGACAAGACUCAAAUUCACAUAAUGCCUGAUACUCCGGAGAUCAUGCUGGCAAGGCAGAACAAACUCAACUACAGUGAGACUCUGUACAAACUCGCCAACGAAGAAGCAAAGAAGAAAGGCUAUGACUUGCGAAGUGAUGCCAUCCCGAUCGUGGCGGCCAAGGCCUCCAGGGACAUCAUCAGUGAUUAUAAAUACAAAGAUGGUUACCGCAAGCAGCUUGGCCACCACAUUGGAGCCCGGGACAUCAAAGAUGACCCCAAGAUGAUGUGGUCCAUGCACGUGGCCAAGAUCCAGAGUGACCGGGAGUACAAGAAGGACUUUGAGAAGUGGAAGACCAAGUUCAGCAGCCCGGUGGACAUGCUGGGGGUGGUGCUGGCCAAGAAGUGCCAGACCUUGGUCAGUGACAUAGACUACAAGAACUACCUGCACCAGUGGACGUGCCUGCCCGACCAGAGCGAUGUCAUCCAUGCUCGGCAGGCCUAUGACCUGCAGAGCGAUAACAUUUAUAAAUCAGAUCUCCAGUGGCUGAGAGGCAUUGGUUGGGUCCCCAUUGGGUCUGUGGAUGUGGUCAAGUGCAAGAGAGCUGCAGAGAUACUGAGUGAUAACCUCUACCGCCAGCGUCCAGACACACUGAAAUUCACCAGUGUGCCUGAUUCCUUGGAACAGGUGCUAGCCAAGAACAAUGCCAUCAACAUGAACAAGCGCUUAUACACAGAAGCCUGGGACAAAGACAAGACUCAAAUCCACAUGAUGCCUGAUACACCUGAAAUUACAUUGGCAAGACAAAAUAAAAUAAAUUAUAGUGAGAACCUCUAUCGCCAGGCCAUGGAAGAAGCCAAGAAAGAAGGAUAUGACUUAAGAAGUGACGCCAUUCCUAUCGUGGCUGCCAAGGCCUCCCGGGAGAUUGCGAGUGACUACAAAUACAAAGAAGCUUAUCGUAAGCAGUUGGGUCACCAUAUUGGUGCCCGAGCGAUACAUGAUGACCCCAAGAUGAUGUGGUCUGUCCACGUUGCCAAAAUGCAGAGUGACCGUGAGUACAAGAAAGAUUUUGAAAAAUACAAGACCAGGUUCAGCAGUCCAGUGGACAUGCUUGGUAUUGUUUUGGCCAAGAAAUGUCAGACUUUGGUUAGCGAUGUGGACUAUAAACAUCCUCUGCAUGAGUGGACCUGCCUGCCCGACCAGAAUGACAUCAUCCAUGCUCGGAAAGCUUAUGACCUCCAGAGUGAUAAUUUAUAUAAGUCAGACCUUGAAUGGUUGAAAGGCAUUGGCUGGGUUCCAAUUGGCUCCUUCGAAGUAGUUAAAGCCAAGCGGGCCGGAGAGAUACUGAGUGACAACAUCUACCGCCAGCGUCCAGAUACACUGAAAUUUACCAGCAUAACUGAUUCCCCAGAGCAGGUGCUGGCAAAGAACAAUGCUAUAAACAUGAGUAAGCGCUUAUAUACUGAAGCCUGGGACAAUGACAAGAAAACAAUCCAUGUCAUGCCUGAUACACCAGAAAUCAUGCUAGCCAAGCUCAACCGAAUCAACUACAGUGAUAAACUCUAUAAACUUGCUUUGGAAGAGUCCAAGAAGGAAGGUUAUGACUUGCGUUUGGAUGCCAUUCCAAUCCAAGCAGCCAAGGCAUCAAGAGAGAUUGCUAGUGAUUACAAGUACAAGGAAGGCUACCGCAAACAGCUUGGCCACCACAUUGGGGCCCGAAAUAUUAAGGAUGAUCCCAAGAUGAUGUGGUCCAUCCAUGCAACCAAGCUCCAGAGUGACCGGGAGUACAAGAAAGACUUUGAGAAGUGGAAGACCAAGUUCAGCAGCCCAGUGGACAUGAUGGGUUUGGUUCAGGCCAAGAAGUGCCAGAUCCUUGUAAGCGACAUAGACUACAAGAAUCUGCUUCACGAGUGGAUCUGUCUGCCUGAUCAGAAUGACGUCAUUCAGGCUCGGAAGGCUUAUGACCUUCAGAGUGAUGCUAUUUACAAGGCUGAUCUUGAGUGGCUAAGAGGCAUUGGGUGGGUGCCCAUUGGCUCUGUGGGGGUUGAGAAUGUGAAGAGAGCCGGAGAAAUCCUGAGUGAAAGGAAGUACCGCCAGCCUGCAGUCCAGCUCAAGUUCACAAGCAUUACAGACACCCCAGAGAUUGUUCUGGCAAAGAAUAAUGCCCUGAACAUGAGCAAGCAUUUAUAUACGGAAGCCUGGGAUGCUGACAAAACCUCCAUCCAUGUGAUGCCAGACACCCCGGAAAUCUUGCUGGCCAAGAGCAAUUCUGCCAAUAUCAGCCAUAAACUUUACACCAAGGGAUGGGAUGAAUCAAAGAUGAAGGACUAUGAUCUGAGAGCUGAUGCUAUUUCCAUCAAAAGCGCCAAGGCCUCGAGGGACAUUGCCAGUGACUACAAAUACAAAGAAGCAUAUGAGAAACAAAAAGGCCACCACAUUGGAGCCCGGAGUGUUGAAGACGACCCUAAGAUUAUGUGUGCCAUGAAUGCAGGGAAGAUUCAAAGUGAAAGGGAGUACAAGAAGGAGUUCCAGAAGUGGAAAACCAAGUUCAGUAGCCCAGUGGACAUGUUAGGCAUCUUGCAGGCCAAGAAAUGUCAGAUUCUGGUCAGUGACAUUGAUUAUCGAAAUUACCUGCAUCACUGGACAUGCUUACCUGAUCAAAACGACAUUAUCCAAGCCAGGAAGGCCUAUGACCUGCAGAGUGAUAAUGUGUACAAAUCAGACCUGGAGUGGCUGCGUGGCAUCGGCUGGAUGCCAGAAGACUCAGUGGAAAUGAACAGGGUGAAGAAUGCUCAAGACCUGAUCAAUGAAAAACGCUACAGGACACGCCCAGAAGCCUUGACAUUUACUUCCAUUGUCGACACACCAGAUGUCGUCCUGGCAAAAGCCAAUUCUCUGCAAAUGAGUGAGAAACUGUAUCAAGAAGCCUGGAAUAAAGAUAAAACCAACAUAAGCAUUCCUUCUGACACACCACUCAUACUGCAGGCUCAAAUCAAUGCCAUGCAAAUCAGCAAUAAACUCUACCAGAAAGACUGGGAUGAAGCCAAGCAGAAAGGCUAUGACCUGAGAGCAGAUGCCAUCGAAAUCACGCAUGCUAAAGCCUCCAGAGAAAUUGCCAGCGAGUACAAAUACAAAGAAGGUUAUCGUAAGCAACUGGGCCACCACGUGGGUUACCGCACCCUGCAAGAUGACCCCAAAUUGGUAUGGUCUAUCCAUGCUGCCAAGAUUCAGAGUGACCUAGAAUACAAGAAAGCUUAUGAGAAGUCUAAAGGAAUUCACAGUACACCGCUGGACAUGAUGUCCAUCGUUCAGGCCAAGAAGUGCCAGGUCCUGGUUAGCGACAUUGAUUAUCGCAAUUACCUGCACCAGUGGAUUUGUCUGCCAGAUCAGAAUGAUGUGAUCCAGGCAAAGAAAGCCUACGAACUGCAGAGCGAUAACCUGUACAAAUCAGACCUGGAAUGGCUGAAGGGUAUUGGAUGGUUGCCAGAGGGUUCCGUGGAAGUGAUGAGAGUAAAGAAUGCCCAGAAUCUCCUGAAUGAAAGGUUGUAUCGCACAAGGCCUGAGGCUCUCAAAUUCACCAGCAUUGUUGACACCCCCGAAGUUAUUCUGGCAAAGAUCAAUUCCGUACAGAUCAGUGAGCCAUUGUAUCGUGAUGCCUGGGAGAGAGAGAAGGCGAACGUGAAUGUACCAGCUGAUACUCCCUUGAUGCUGCAGUCCAAGAUCAAUGCCAUACAGAUCAGCAAUAAAAAGUAUCAGCAAGCUUGGGAAGAUGUCAAGAUGACCGGCUAUGACCUGAGAGCAGACGCCAUUGGGAUCCAGCAUGCCAAGGCUUCCAGGGACAUUGCCAGUGAUUAUCUAUACAAAACUGCUUACGAGAAACAGAAAGGUCAUUACAUUGGGUGUCGCAAUGCCAAGGAAGACCCUAAACUGGUCUGGGCGGCCAAUGUGUUGAAGAUGCAGAAUGACAGGCUGUACAAAAAGGCAUACAAUGACCACAAGGCCAAGAUCACCAUCCCGGGGGACAUGGUGUCCAUCAAUGCUGCCAAAGAAGGCCAGGUGUUAGCAAGCGAUGUGGACUAUCGCCAGUACCUACACCAGUGGUCUUGCUUUCCUGACCAGAACGAUGUGAUCCAAGCCAGGAAAGCAUAUGACCUGCAGAGUGAUGCCAUCUACAAGGCUGACUUGGAGUGGCUACGUGGCAUCGGCUGGAUGCCUGAAGGAUCUCCGGAAGUAUUGAGAGUCAAGAAUGCCCAGCAUAUCUUCCGAGACAGUGUCUAUCGGACACCUGUGGUGAAACUCAAGUAUACAAGUAUUGUUGACACACCUGAAGUUGUCCUUGCUAAAUCAAAUGCUGAAAAUAUUAGCAUUCCAAAGUACAGAGAAGUUUGGGACAAGGAUAAAACUUCAAUCCACAUAAUGCCAGAUACUCCAGAAAUUAAUCUUGCUAGAACCAAUGCUCUUAACGUGAGCAAUAAACUUUACCGUGAAGGCUGGGAUGAGAUGAAGAUGAGCUGUGACGUUCGGCUGGACGCCAUCCCCAUCCAGGCUGCCAAGGCCUCCAGGGAGAUCGCCAGUGACUAUAAAUACAAGCUUGAUCACGAGAAGCAGAAGGGACACUACGUGGGCACCCGCACAGCCAGGGAUGACAACAAGAUCCGCUGGGCCCUCAUAGCUGGCAAGAUUCAGAAUGAAAGAGAAUACCGGAUGCACUGGGCCAAAUGGAAGUCUAAGUUCCAGAGCCCCCCGGAUAUGCUCUCCAUCGAGCACUCUAAAAAUUCCCAGACUCUGGUCAGCGACAUUGAUUACCGCCAUUACCUGCACCAAUGGACGUGCAUGCCUGACCAGAACGACGUGAUUCAGGCCAGGAAAGCUUACGAUCUGCAAAGCGAUGCUAUUUACAAAGCUGACUUGGAAUGGUUACGUGGGAUUGGGUGGAUGCCAGCUGAUUCUGUUUCUGUCAAUCAUGCCAAGCAUAUGGGAGACAUCUUCAAUGAGAAAAAAUAUCGCACAAAAAUAGAAACUCUCAACUUUACUCCUGUGGAUGACAGAGUUGAUUACGUGACAGCAAAACAUAGUGGUGAAAUCCUGAACGAUAUUAAGUACCGAAAAGAUUGGAAUGACACAAAAUCAAAGUACACUCUCACAGAAACCCCUCAGCUGCACGCUGCCCAGGAAGCAGCCCGGAUACUGGACCAGUAUCUCUACAAGGAAAGCUGGGAGAAACAGAAAGCCACCGGUUACAUUUUGCCCCCAGAUGCUGUGCCAUUUGUUCAUGCCCAUCAUUCUGGUGAUGUUCAGAGUGAGCUGAAAUACAAAGCUGAACACGUCAAGCAGAAAGGUCAUUAUGUGGGUGUCCCGACGAUGAGAGAUGAUCCUAAACUGGUUUGGUUCGAGCACGCAGGCCAGAUUCAGAAUGACAGACUUUACAAAGAGAGCUAUCAUAAAACAAAGGCCAAAAUCCAUAUACCUCCUGAUAUGGUGUCGGUGUUGGCAGCCAAGGAGGGACAGGCCCUUGCCAGUGACAUUGAUUACCGCACUUACCUGCACCAAUGGAUAUGUCACCCUGACCAAAAUGAUGUUAUUCAGGCAAGGAAGGCCUAUGACCUACAGAGUGAUAAUAUCUACAAAGCUGACUUGGAGUGGCUCCGAGGCAUUGGUUGGAUGCCCCUGGAUUCUGUGGACCAUGUGAGGGUUACCAGGAACCAGGAAAUGGUGAAUCAGAUAAAAUAUAAGAAAGAUGCUCUUGCCAACUAUCCUAACUUUACAAGUGUGGUGGAUCCUCCAGAGAUUGUUCUCGCCAAAAUUAACGCAGUCAAUCAAAGCGAUGUAAAAUAUAAAGAAACAUUUAAUAAGUUAAUAAAGGGCAAGUAUAUCUUUUCUCCAGAUACACCAUAUAUCACCCACUCCAAAGACAUGGAAAAACUCUAUAGUACUAUACUGUAUAAAAGGGCUUGGGAGGGAACCAAGGCCUAUGGCUACACCCUGGAUGAACGCUAUAUCCCCAUCGUGGGAGCCAAGCACGCUGACUUUGUGAACAGUGAGCUGAAAUACAAAGAGACGUAUGAGAAACUGAAGGGUCACUACCUGGCUGGAAAAGAAAUCAGUGAGUUCCCCAACGUGGUUCACUGUCUGGACUUCCAAAAAAUGAGGAGCUUGUUGAACUACAGAAGGCAUUAUGAGGACACCAAAGCAAAUGUCCAUAUCCCCCAAGAUAUGAUGAAUCACGUGUUGGCUAAAAGGUGCCAGUACAUCCUCAGUGACCUGGAGUACCGACACUACUUCCACCAGUGGACAUCUCUUCCAGAAGAGCCCACUGUUGUCCGGGUCCGGCAUGCGCAGGAGAUCUUGAGUGAUAAUGUGUAUAAAGAUGACUUGAAUUGGCUGAAAGGCAUUGGGUGUUAUGUUUGGGAUACACCCCAGAUCCUCCAUGCGAAGAAAUCGUAUGACCUCCAGAGUCAGAUACUAUACACAGCAGCAGGUAAAGAAAAUCUAAAGAAUUAUAACCUGGUCACAGACACGCCACUUUACGUGACUGCUCUUCAAAGUGGCAUUAAUGCCAGUGAGGUGAAAUAUAAAGAGAAUUAUCAUCAGAUCAAAGACAAAUACACGACAGUUCUAGAAACAGUGGAUUAUGACAGAACGAGGAAUCUGAAGGAUCUGUUUAGCAGUAACCUGUACAAGGAGGCCUGGGAUAAAGUGAAAGCCACCAGCUACAUCCUGCCUCCUAACACCGUGUCCCUGACACAUGCCAAGAACCAGAAGCACAUGGCCAGCUAUGUCAAAUACCGCGAAGAAUAUGAUAAGUUCAAAGCUCUUUACACUCUACCCAGAAGUGUUGAUGAUGAUCCAAACACAGCGAGGUGCCUCCGAGUUGGCAAGUUUAACAUCGACCGCCUGUACAGAUCUGUCUAUGAGAAGAACAAGAUGAACAUCCACAUCGUGCCUGACAUGGUCGAGAUGGUUACCGCUAAGGAUUCUCAGAAGAAAGUCAGCGAGAUCGACUACCGCCUUCACCUCCACGAGUGGAUUUGCCACCCCGACUUGCAAGUCAACAGUCACGUCAGGAAGGUCACAGACCAGAUUAGUGACAUUGUGUACAAGGAUGACCUCACCUGGCUGAAAGGCAUUGGUUGCUACGUCUGGGACACUCCUGAGAUUCUCCAUGCCAAGCAUGCUUACGAUCUACGCAAUGAUAUCAAGUACAAAGCUCACGUGCUGAAAACAAGGAACAAUUACAAGCUGGUUACUGACACUCCUGUCUACGUUCAGGCUGUCAAAAGUGGGAAACAACUAAGUGAUGCUGUCUACCACUAUGACUACGUGCACAGCAUCAGAGGCAGAGUGGCUCCGACCACAAAAACCGUGGAUCUGGAUCGGGCCCUUCAUGCAUACAAGCUCCAGAGUGAGAAUCUGUACCGAAAAGCUGGCCUGCAUGCCCUGCCCACUGGAUACAGGCUUCCAGUCGACACCCCUCACUUCAAACACACCAAGGACACCCGAUACAUGAGCAGCUAUUUUAAGUACAAAGAAGUUUAUGAACACAUGAAGGCAUAUGGGUACACACUUGGACCCAAUGAUGUCCCAUUUGUCAACGUCCGGAGGGUCAACAACAUUACCAGUGAGAGACUGUAUCGGCAACUAUACCACAAACUGAAAGACAAGAUCCACACCACUCCCGACACGCCUGAAAUCCGCCAAGUCAAGAAGACCCAAGAGGCUGUCAGCGAGUUGAUUUACAAAUCAGACUUCUUCAAGAUGCAAGGCCACAUGAUCUCUAUGCCAUACACACCCCACGUGCUCCACUGCCGCUACGUGGGCGACAUCACCAGCGAUAUUAAAUACAAAGAGGACUUGCAGAUCCUGAGGGGACUGGGCUGCUUCCUGUACGACACUCCAGACAUGGUCCGCUCCCGGCACCUGCGGAAGCUCUGGUCUCACUACCUGUACACCGAUAAGGCAAGGAAGAUGCGGGACAAAUACCAGGUGGUGCUUGACACUCCAGAAUACAGGACAAUGCAGGAACUGAAGACACAUCUGAGCGAGCUCGUGUACAGAGCAUCCGGAAGGAAGCAGAAGUCAAUCUUCACUUCAGUUCCUGAUACACCUGAUCUCAUAAGAGCCAAGAGAGGGCAGAAGCUUCAAAGUCAGUAUCUGUAUGUUGAACUCGCCACCAAAGAAAGACCCCAUCAUCACGCUGGAAACCAGACCACAGCCCUGAAGCACGCCAGACACGUGAAGGACAUGGUCAGUGAGAACAAGUACAAGAUUCAAUAUGAAAAGAUGAAGGACAAGUACACUCCGGUUCCAGACACACCAAUCCUCAUCAGAGCCAAGAGGGCUUACUGGAACGCCAGUGAUCUACGCUAUAAAGAAACAUUUGAAAAGACCAAAGGGAGAUACCACACUGUGAAGGAUGCUCUAGACAUCGUUUACCAUCGCACAGUCACAGACCACAUCAGCAAAAUAAAAUACAAGGAGAAUUACAUGAGCCAGCUGGGAAUCUGGAGGUCCAUUCCUGAUCGCCCUGAGCAUUUCCACCAUCGGGCAGUCACUGAUGCAGUUAGUGAUGUAAAAUAUAAAGCAGAUUUGACCUGGCUUAAAGGCAUUGGUUGCUAUGCCUACGAUACUCCUGACUUUACUCUGGCUGAAAAGAACAAGACUCUCUACAGCAAGUAUAAGUAUAAAGAGGUAUUUGAAAGGACAAAGUCAAAUUUCAAGUAUGUUGCUGAUUGUCCAAUCAAUAGGCAUUUCAAGUUUGCAACUCAACUGAUGAAUGAGAGAAAAUACAAAUCUAGUGCCAAGAUGCUUCUGAAACAAGGAUGUAAUGAAAUCCUGCGUCCAGACAUGUUGACUGCCCUCUACAACACACACAUGUGGAGCCAGAUCAAGUAUAGAAAGAAUUAUGAAAAAACAAAGGACAAGUUUACCUCAAUUGUGGAUACUCCAGAACACCUACGUACUACAAAAGUCAACAAACAAAUCAGUGAUAUACUGUAUAAGCUGGAAUACAACAAAGCAAAACCCAGAGGCUACACCACAAUUCACGACACACCCAUGUUGCUGCAUGUCCGGAAGGUCAAAGAUGAAGUCAGUGAUCUGAAAUACAAAGAAGUUUACCAGAGAACUAAGUCCAACUGUACCAUUGAGCCAGAUGCUGUUCAUAUCAAAGCAGCCAAGGAUGCCUAUAAAGUCAACACCAAUUUGGAUUACAAGAAGCAGUAUGAAGCCACCAAAGCCUACUGGAAAUGGACCCCUGACCGCCCAGACUUCAUCCAGGCUGCUAAGUCGACCCUGCAGCAGAGCGAUUUUGAAUACAAGCUGGACCGAGAGUACCUCAAGGGUUGCAAGCUUUCCGUCACAGAUGAUAAAGACAUGGUGCUGGCCCUGAAGAAUUCCAUAAUCGAAAGUGACCUGAAAUACAAAGAGAAACACGUCAAGGAAAGAGGAAGCUGUCAUGCCGUGCCUGACACGCCACAGAUCCUCCUGGCAAAGACAGUCAGCAGCCUGGUGUCCGAGAACAAGUACAAGCAGUAUGUGAAGAAGCACUUGGCGCAGGGUUCGUACACGACGCUGCCAGAGACCCGGGACACUAUUCAUGUCAAAGAAGUGACCAAGAAUGUCAGUGAUACAAAUUACAAGAAGAAGUUUGUCAAGGAGAAAGGCAAAUCCAACUACUCCAUCAUGCUGGAGCCCCCAGAUGUGAAACACGCCAUGGACGUGGCCAAGAAGCAGAGUAACGUCGCUUACAAAAAAGAUGCAAAAGAAAACCUGCAUUACACCACAGUGGCCGAUCGGCCAGACAUCAAGAAGGCCACGCAGGCUGCCAAACAGGCCAGCGAGGUGGAGUACAGAGCCAAGCACCGCAAGGAAGGCAGCCAUGGGCUCAGCAUGCUUGGUCGCCCCGACAUUGAAAUGGCCAAGAAGGCAGCCAAGCUGAGCAGCCAGGUGGAAUACAUCAAAGGCCAAAGGAGAGGUCACGGGCACGGCGCCGCAUCUUAUGACACCCCUAUCAUGAGGCAGCUUAAGAAAACUAAUGUGCUCAUCAGUGAUGUUAAAUACCGAGAAAAUUUCAACAAAGAGAAGGGCAAGACACCAAAAUACAAUCCAAAAGAUAGCCAGCUCUACAAAGUCAUGAAAGAUGCUAAUACUCUUGCAAGUGAGGUUAAGUAUAAGGCUGAUUUGAAGAAACUUCACAAACCUGUGACUGACAUGAAGGAAUCUCUAAUAAUGAACCAUGUCUUGAAUACAAGUCACCUUGCCAGUUCUUACCAGUACAAGAAGAACUAUGAAAAGAGUAAAGGUCACUACCACACAAUACCUGACAAUCUGGAGCAGCUUCAUCUCAAAGAGGCCACAGAAUUACAGAGUAUCGUGAAAUACAAAGAAAAGUACGAAAAGGAACGAGGGAAGCCUAUGCUAGAUUUUGAAACACCAACGUACAUCACUGCCAAGGAGUCUCAGCAGAUGCAGAGUGGGAAAGAAUAUAGGAGAGAUUAUGAAGAGUCCAUUAAAGGCAGAAACCUGACUGGCCUGGAGGUCACACCAGCUCUAUUACAUGUCAAAUAUGCAACCAAAAUAGCCAGCGAGAAAGAAUACAGGAAAGAUCUAGAGGAAAGCAUCCGUGGGAAGGGUCUCAGUGAAAUGGAAGACACGCCGGAUAUGCUAAGAGCAAAGAAUGCCACCCAGAUCCUCAAUGAGAAAGAAUAUAAGAGAGAUCUGGAGCUGGAAGUCAAAGGAAGAGGUCUGAAUGCCAUGGCCAAUGAAACUCCCGACUUCCUGAGAGCCAGGAAUGCUACAGAUAUUGCCAGCCAGAUUAAGUAUAAGCAAUCAGCAGAAAUGGAAAAAGCCAAUUUCACUUCUGUGGUUGACACUCCGGAGAUCAUUCAUGCCCAGCAAGUCAAGAACCUUUCAAGCCAGAAAAAGUACAAGGAAGACGCAGAGAAGUGCAUGUCAUAUUAUGAGACCGUUUUGGACACCCCAGAGAUGCAGAGGGUCCGGGAGAACCAAAAGAACUUCAGCCUUCUCCAAUACCAGUAUGACCUUAAAAACAGUAAAGGAAAAAUUACAGUUGUUCAAGACACACCAGAAAUACUGCGUGUUAAAGAAAAUCAAAAGAAUUUCAGCUCGGUUCUAUAUAAAGAGGAUGUCUCACCAGGAACGGCGAUUGGAAAGACACCUGAGAUGAUGAGAGUGAAGCAAACCCAGGACCACAUUAGCUCGGUGAAGUAUAAGGAGGUGAUUGGACAAGGAACGCCCAUCCCAGACCUGCCUGAAGUGAAGCGCGUCAAGCAGACACAGAAGCACAUCAGCUCGGUUAUGUACAAAGAGAACCUGGGAACAGGCAUUCCAACCCCUGUCACUCCAGAGAUUGAGAGAGUCAAACGCAAUCAAGAGAACUUUAGCUCGGUUUUGUACAAAGAAAAUUUGGGGAAAGGAACCCCAACACCUAUCACUCCAGAGAUGGAGAGAGUCAAACGCAAUCAAGAGAACUUUAGCUCGAUUCUGUACAAAGAGAACUUGAGCAAGGGGACUCCCCUCCCUGUCACCCCUGAGAUGGAGCGGGUCAAGCGCAACCAGGAGAACUUUAGCUCGGUGUUAUACAAAGAAAACAUCGGGAAAGGGAUUCCAAUUCCCAUCACUCCAGAGAUGGAGAGAGUCAAACACAAUCAAGAAAACUUUAGUUCGGUGCUAUACAAAGAAAACCUGGGCACAGGAAUCCCAGUCUCCACCACUCCAGAGAUGCAGAGAGUCAAACUCAAUCAAGAGAACCUUAGCUCGGUGUUAUACAAAGAAAACAUGGGCAAGGGAACCCCUUUACCUGUCACUCCAGAGAUGGAGAGAAUCAAACACAAUCAAGAAAAUAUUAGCUCGGUUUUGUACAAAGAAAAUGUGGGCAAAGGCACCCCAACCCCUGUCACUCCAGAGAUGCAGAGAGUCAAACGCAAUCAAGAGAACAUUAGCUCGGUAUUAUACAAAGAGAACCUGGGGAAAGCCACCCCCACACCCUUUACUCCUGAGAUGGAAAGAGUCAAACGCAAUCAAGAAAACUUUAGCUCGGUGUUGUACAAAGAGAAUAUGAGAAAAGCAACUCCGACACCGGUCACUCCAGAGAUGGAGAGAGCUAAGCGCAACCAAGAAAACAUUAGCUCGGUGCUUUAUUCUGAUAGCUUUCGGAAACAAAUACAAGGCAAAGCUGCCUAUGUCUUGGACACGCCAGAGAUGAGACGGGUGAGAGAGACCCAGCGCCACAUCUCAACGGUGAAGUAUCAUGAAGACUUUGAGAAACACAAGGGCUGCUUCACGCCGGUGGUGACGGACCCCAUCACUGAGAGAGUGAAGAAGAACAUGCAGGACUUCAGUGACAUUAGCUACCGGGGCAUUCAGAGGAAAGUGGUGGAAAUGGAACAGAAACGGAAUGACCAAGACCAGGAAACUGUUACAGGUUUACGUGUCUGGCGUACCAAUCCUGGCUCAGUUUUUGACUAUGAUCCAGCAGAAGACAAUAUUCAGUCCCGAAGCUUACACAUGAUUAAUGCACAAGCUCAGCGCCGGAGCCGGGAGCAGUCUCGAUCAGCCAGUGGGCUGAGCGUCAGUGGUGGUGAGGAGAAGUCUGAGCAUUCAGAAGCUGCCCACCUCUCUACCUACAGUGAUGGGGGCGUCUUCUUCUCUGCAACCUCAACAGGCUACAAACAUGCAAGAACCACAGAGCUGCCACAGCAACGAUCAUCUUCAGUUGCUACCCAGCAGACAACGGUAUCCUCCAUCCCAUCCCAUCCCUCCACUGCUGGAAAAAUCUUCCGUGCCAUGUAUGAUUAUAUGGCUGCUGAUGCAGAUGAGGUAUCCUUCAAAGAUGGAGAUGCCAUUGUCAAUGUUCAAGCUAUUGAUGAAGGUUGGAUGUAUGGCACUGUGCAGAGGACGGGCAGGACUGGCAUGCUCCCAGCCAACUACGUUGAAGCUAUUUAGAUACUUCAAAGCAUCAAUCCUGUCUAUAGAACCUACAAAUCUUGUUAGUAUUUCAGUUUAGACUCUCCACUAUUCUGAGUUCUCAAAUUGCUUAAUAGUUUUUGUUGAGAGUUACCGUUGUACCAUCCCUUAAUUUGUUUCUACACGUACCUAAGUAAUUCACCAGUAUAUUAGUACAAUUAAUCUAUCCAAUUAUUAAACUAGACUUACCUCUAUUUUCUGGACUUGCACAUAAAACCUGAGACAACAUUAAACCCAUAGGUUUUUUUUUUUUUAUAAUUAGAAAAUUUUCUUUUGGGUUUUAAAAUGAUUUCAGCAGACAUUUUUAAAGUUUCUGCAUUGUUAUAUUAUUGCUGUAUCAACCCAGUCUUUCUCCAUUACUAAAAUGUUUAACAGUAUUUCUUUUCUAAAUCAAGAAUUCUAAACAUGUUAAACACAUUUUUAAAAAAUGGCAGAUACUCCUUUUCCUUGCUUAUUAACUGCUGAUACUUUUAUUUCUAAUCCAGUUCUGAAGUUAUGAAGCUGAUAGUCAAUAUAAACUGGUGUUAUACUAGUGUCUAAUAAAGUCUAUAAUUCUGCAACAAACACCA